AUGUCCACCAUAGACCCCGCAACAGGCCGUCCCCUUCCCCCCGACGCAAUCCAACGCAUCCUCUACAUCGCGCCCAAAGUUCACAUCUACAACAUCCCACCCGCAACCUCGACGAAAGGCUACACCGCCGCCACCUGGACCGCAAACAACAACCAGCGCCUCAUCUUCACCGCGCGGCUCCGCGUUCUCGAGACCGCGGUUCCGGCGCCCCAGUCGUCCAAUGCACAAGCCCAGGAGGAGACGGUGACGACGACUUUGCUGCUGGAAGACCCGAGCAGUGGCCAACUCUUCGCUGCGGCGCCGUAUACAUCCCCUCAAGCUGUUGAGCAGGCGCUGGAUAGCUCGCGCUUCUUUGCUGUGCGCGUUGUUGGUGAGGGCGGGCGGAAGGCUGUGCUGGGAAUUGGGUUCGAAGAGCGUAGUGAUGCAUUUGACUUUAGCAUCGCCCUGCAGGACGCGAGGAGGGUGUUGGGGUUUGAGGGACCUGCCGCUGCGGUGGCUGGGUCUGGAAGAGCGCAGUCAGGUGGACGGGCAAGGGGCGGGGGGAAGAUAGCUGGGGUGGAACCGGAGCCAGAGAAGAGAAAUUUUAGUUUAAAGGAGGGGGAGACGAUUACGGUGAAUAUCGGAGGUAAGGGAAGGAAGGCGAGGGAAGAUGCGGGAGCUCAAGGUGUAGACAAAACGGCCGUCGGAGGUGGUAAUGCGCUCUUCAGCAUAAAGCCGCCACCAUCGUCUGGGCAAGAUGGAGGGGGAGCAGUGCCGUUUCUGCCGCCGCCGCCGAGUGCUGCAGAGGUUAAGGCGGACAGGAGGAGGCGGCCUGCGCCGGAUGAGCCGAAGCAGCAGACGGCGCAGGAGUUAGGAUUCGAUGAUGGCGAGUUUGGGGAGUUUCAGUAA